AUGGGCCUGCAACAAGCGGAGGACGAAAGUCUCCGAGAUUAUUUGACUCGCUUCAGCAACGAGUCAUCCAGAAUAACAAGUCUGGAUCAAAGCCUAGCCGUAUUUGCAUUACGGAAUGGCUUACAAGCUGGCAAAUUUUUAGAUUUCAUGGUCAUGCAUCCCCCGCAGACCCUGGAAGAAGCCCUCGACGCUUCGGAUAAAUUUAUCCGAGCUGAGGAAUGGAACAAGGCGAAGCUGCAAUCCCAAUCAGGGCUUGUGAAGCCAAAAGGGCAGCAGGCUGAAGUUCCAGUGUCAAGGAAAGGGAAGGCAAAAGCCUCAGAACCUCCCUUGGCCGCUGAGCCGAAGAAGGAUAAGGCUCCCUAUCUAGGGAAAUUUGAAUCUUACACCCCUCUCACCUUACCACGUACUAAAAUUUUUAGUGUGACGAGGGAGGAGGGAAGAUUCAGAAAGCCGAAGCCACCUCCUUCUUGGCAUCAAAAUAAAGGGAAGGACCUUUAG